UGACGCGCAGAAAUUUUAAACUAUCGUCCUUCUCAGUGAUGGCGGCUUCGUUUGGUUCUCUCCCUGCAAGCUGUAAUAACAAAUGGUACUACACCCGACAACAGAUCGACAACAGCCCAUCUCGGCGAGCUGGACUUGAUCCGGACAAGGAGCUGUCCUACAGACAACAGGCGGCCAACCUGCUGCAGGACAUGGGACAGCGGCUCAAUGUGUCCCAACUCACAAUAAACACAGCCAUCGUGUACAUGCAUCGGUUCUACAUGGUCCAGUCCUUCACCAGAUUUCACCGAAAUGUUAUUUCUCCUGCCGCACUCUUUUUAGCUGCAAAGGUGGAGGAGCAGCCCCGAAAGUUGGAGCAUGUUAUCAAGGUGGCCCAUGCAUGCCUCAAUCCUCAGGAUCCUUCACCAGAUGUACGCAGUGAUGCCUACCUGCAACAAGCCCAAGACCUGGUCAUUCUUGAGAGCAUAAUACUCCAGACCUUGGCUUUUGAAAUCACCAUUGACCAUCCUCAUACUCAUGUUGUCAAGUGCACUCAGCUCGUCAGAGUUGUUCCAGCGAGUAAGGAUCUGGCUCAAACAUCAUACUUUAUGGCAACUAACAGUCUGCACUUGACCACGUUCUGCCUGCAGUAUAGUCCGCCGGUUGUGGCCUGUGUGUGCAUCCACCUUGCCUGUAAAUGGUCCAACUGGGAGAUCCCGGUGUCUACAGACGGCAAACACUGGUGGGAGUAUGUUGAUCCCACAGUAACCCUGGAGCUGCUGGAUGAACUCACACACGAGUUCCUGCAGAUUCUGGAGAAAACACCCAGCCGGUUGAAACGGAUUCGCAACUGGAAGGCUGGAGGUCAGACACCAAAAGCCAAGACAAAAGCUCAGGAGGAGGGUGACCAGAGGGACGCCAUGAUGAGCAUGAUCUCUAUGUCCUCAUCGGAGAGCACCGUGGCAGGCUUGAUGAGCCUCUCAGCUCCACCUUCUGCCUCCUCUUCCUCAUCCACCGGUGACAAGGACAGGGGUGAACCUGGCAGUGCUUCGACUUGGAGUGGAAAAGGUCAGGCUGGAUCUGAGCAGCAGCAGCCCAACAACGAGGUUCACGCUCCAGCUAAGGUGUCGCUGAGUGAAUACAGAGCCAAGAACGCAGACGUCCUGGCCGCCCAGAAGAGGAAGCUGGAGAACAUGGAGGCCAGCGUAAAGAGGGACUAUGCCAAUGCUGCCCAGGCUCUCAUUGGUCAGCAGCAGAGGAAGGAGAAGCAUCACCAGCAGUCCAGCUCAUCCUCGUCUGACGUGUCCAAUCCGUCGCCCAUUAUUCUGAAAAUCCCCCUGGAGAAGGAGCGGCACGAGAGGACCUCUCUCAAAAUGCGCCUCCCCCUCGCUGGGGGAGGUGGCAGUGCUCGAGGUCAGGAACAGGACAUCAAAGUUAGAAUACGAGUGCCUGAUAAGCAGAGGGGGAGCUCAGGAGAGGAGGGCAAGAGCAGGGACAAGCACAGGGAACGGUCUAACCACCACCACCAUUCCCACCAUUCCCACCAUUCCUCCUCUACCGGUGCUUCACUCUCCUCUUCACACAAACAUUCAUCUAGUUCUAGUGGGACUGUCGGAGGCAGCAAAAAAGUCCCCAGCGACUCGUCUAGAACGAGCUCCUCAUCCUCUUCUGCAUCACGUAAGAGGACACACACCCAAGAACCCACUGCAGGAACUCACCCUGUCACUAAAGUCAGCAAGUCCUCUAGGAAUCCGUACCAGCUACCCUCCCUGUCUUCCUCCUCUGGGCAAACUCUGGGGCACGGCUCUGACAUUCUCCCCGCCCUGGGUCUCCCCCACCACCAAGGGAGCUUUCCCCACUCCAAAGGUGACAAAACAGACACUAAUGGGCACGGUGCAGCGGGGGGGCCCCAGUCGAACGAGUACCAGGACACUUUUGAAAUGCUGAACUCACUUCUGAGCGCACAGGGGGUCCAGCCAUCACAGCCGUCCAUGUUUAACUACAGAUCCCAAUAUGGGGAAUACCGGUACAGUGGUGGCUCCAGAGGGAACAACUCCAGGCCCCCACCCCUCCCUUCAGAACCACCUCCCCCACUGCCCCCACUACCCAAAUAGGUUCCUGAUCAGGAGACGUAUUAUGUACAUUGUACUUGACAUCACCAACAUCCAUCUUGUUACAUAAAGUAUUGUAUAAUGUUUUUUUUCUUUUUAACUCACCCAGCAAUUUUUUAUAGGUGUUGGUGUGACAGCAGUGAAAUGUACCGGUGAGAUAAAUGAGUAUUCAACCUUAUUGUUUUUACACUUUUUGGGCAAUAAUGAGUGGUUUUUAAAAGCUUGCAAAAUGUGAGAAGAAAUACAGGAAAGUGUAGAUAAUAUUUUUUUGCUCUUCUGUUAAACUCAAAUGAAAUGUGAUAACGGGACCUGGUAAUUUUAGCAUCACUGUUUUGGUGGAAGUUUUUGUCUUGAAAUCAUGAGGAAAACUAAAAGAUUUCCAUCACAUACCUGUUAGGUCUUCUUUCCGAUUGUCUUUUUGUAAUGUUUUUAUAGUAUGUUAUUUAUUGAUUGAAUGCUUUUUAAAAUAACAUAGCCCCCUUUUAUACCUUUUUUUUUUUUUUUUUUUUUUUUAAGGUUUGCCCUCUUUGUUCUUUUUGGGCAGAGGGAUAUUUCUUCAUCAAGACUGUACAGGCUAGAUUGAGAGUGCAUGUCUCCAAAGCCAUCUUUUCAAUAUUUUUGUCCUUUUUUUUUCUCCCUCUUUUUUUUUUCAAACAGCCAUAACCUAAAAAAAAAUGUGCGAGCCCAUCCCUGGUGUUUAUCUAUUUUAAUUCUUUAUUUUUUUUUUUGGUAAGCUUGUACAAAGACUGUAAAAUGUUUAAAACAAACAUGAAAUAUUUUUUACAUUUUGUUAUGAAAAAUUGCAAAAAAAGAUGUAAAUUAAGGAAUCUUGUACCUUUUUUGUUUUUAGAUUUUGUGUGUUGCAGUCAUUGUUUUAAAUGGUUGUAAAAUAUUCAUAUUCAGUUCUCUAAUUAUUACACUAAUGGACAAAGUUCAUACCAAGAAUAUACAUCUAUGGUUUUAUCAAAGGGUUCAAACAUACACAAUUAUGGUCACAAUGAAGGAAUUGCCAACAAAAAAAAAAAUCCCUCUAGAGAAGAAAUGUGAGUUUUUAAUUCUGUCAUGCAAUUUGGCACAUAUGCAUCUGUUUCAUCUGGAGAACCAGUCUUUUUAUGAUCAAUGCAGAGAAAGAAAUGGGCGUAAUGUUUUGCUAAACAACAUUCUUAAUGGUGACAGCAGUGCCCUAAACCUGCCAGAAAGAAAACAAGUUUUCCUGCUGGUGCUCACAUACAUUAAUUGAAUUUAUGAUGAAUUUGUGUUUUUAAAAAAAAUUGUGGAAGAGGUGCAUCAUCUGUACAUUUACUUCAUACUAAGCUUUAUGUGGUUUUGAUUGUAUAGAAAUACUGCUCUUAACCUGCUUUCGUUUAUCAGUUUGUAAUCAACUUAAAAAACUUAAACUUUAUUGCAAGCGUUAUAUACAUACAGGUACAUGCAUUAAAAAAAAAAAAUACCUCUGUAUUUAACCCAUCCUAAGCAUUUCAGGAGCAGUGGGCUGCUGUAAAGCGCCCGUAGAGCAACUUGGGGUUCAGUGUCUCGCUCAAGGUCCCUUCGACAUGCAUAGAGUAGGGGCCGGGUAUCGAACCCCAUACGUUCAAGGAUCACCCGCCGAACAUUAGCCGCCCUCAAAAACACAUUUGUUUUAGGCUGUUCACAGCAAUGCAGUACAACAAAUCAUCAGCCAUACAAUUGUAAUAUAUUUUUGUUCCCAUGAUUAUAUGGAAGACAAGCUGAAAAGAUUACAGCUCUUUGCUCAGGCAGAAGAGGUUUAUUGGUUAUUCAACUCUUGGUUGUAACAGGGAAACAGUAAAUGCACUGAAUAUUUAUCUCAGUAGGUUGGCCUACAAUGCAAAAGAUAAAGUGUUACAUGUAUAAUGGUUAGGCUGUUAGAUUAUAUGUCCACUAUUUUGCCAUUUUCGAAAAUUUGUUUUAAUUGGUCUGGACAAUUCUUCAAAUUUAAGUAUUGACCUUUUGUUGUGAGAAAGUCAUAAAAAAGGAAGCUCAUUUCAAAGUAAAACAAAUAUGUGAGAAAAAAUGGAAGACACUCAUGCAACCUAACAAUGCAAAAAUCCAAUAGCUACAGUUAGUUUCAUGUUUUUCAUGUCUUGGUGUAUUUAGUGACACUCAGGUCUGGAAAUGAAACGUUUUGGGAUUUUAUUUGUUUUCAGUUGAAACGUUAUAUGUGAACACUGUUCUUUUUGAUAAUAUGUGGUUGCUUUAUUCUCAAUUA